AUGGAAAUGGGCACGAAGGACCAAGAAAGACACAUGAUUUGUUGGAACAAUAAUAUUUAAUAAUUUAUUAUUCCAUCCGACAAGAAAAACACCGUAAAGAAAAUUUCAGAAAAAAGUUCUGAACAAAGUCCACCAUAUCUUUCGGACAACAAAUUUAUCGGUCAUUGAUGGUAACAUCAACUUCGACACCCGGCUCGAUAGGGAUGCUGGUAACCUGCUUGACAACAUCGGAAGGAGCGUGGAGGUCGAUCAAGCGCUUGUGGAUGCGCAUUUCGAAGCGGUCCCACGUGUUGGUACCUUCUCCAGAAGGAGCCUUACGGGUGGUGAUUCUCAACUUCUUGGUAGGCAUACGGACAGGCCCACUAACGAGAAGCUUCUUGUCGAGGGAGGCCUUCUUCAAGUCGGCGCAAACCUUCUCGAGGUUGGUGACAUUGCGGCUCGUAAGAGUGAUGCGAAUGCGGUGGACAACAGCGUCGUCGGGGGCGGCUCCGGCUUCCUUCUUGAAUGUAGACAUGGUGAUUUGUUUUUCAAAAGUUGAAUUAGCUUCAGACUGGGGCAAAGUGAGAAGCGCUUAGUGUGGCUUAUCUACUAUCAUUUGGUUGUGAGGAUUCCGCAUCGGGAGAUCUUUCGUUUUAGGCAGGAAACAGGGUGGUUUUAGUGGAGGAUGGCAGAGCGUUUUGUGCUUGCUUUACAGCUAGGUUACCGCGUUUUCGAGUUACUUAAAUUAUAUUGAAACGGGACUCAAAUUAUUUUCA